AUGACGACGGAACGACCACCAACACCUGUAGAAAGCUCGACAACGCCUACAGAAAGAUCGCAGUCACCAUCAUCAACAGAAAGCUCAACAGCGCCAGAAAGAUCAUCACCACCAACAGAAACACCGUCAACAAUGACAGGAAGAUCAUCAACAACAAUAGAAAGACCAUUGACAGCUACGACUACACCAAAUCCUUGUUCAAAUGGAAUUUGUGAAAACAAGACAACAUCAACUGCUACUUCUGAUCUCGUUGACAACAUCGUUAACGGCUCAAACGUAACUUAUGAGCGUACAGUAGAAAAUGUACUUAAUAGAAACACUUGGACCAAUAUUCUUGCUGUCGUUGAUGUCACUGGUUCAAUGUUACCUUGUCCAGUUGCUGUUUACAAAUGGAUGACAUCAACAAAUCAGCAAACUGAUAGAAUCAAGUAUUAUGUCUUCUUUAAUGAUGGAAAUGAUAAAAUCACAGCAAAUAAAUCCAUAGGUUCCACAGGAGGUCUUUAUGGUAUUGAUACUUCCAAUUUUAAUCUAGCAUUAAAUACUAUGAAAACAGCAAUGAAGAAUGGUAAUGGUGGUGAUUUGCCUGAAAAUGACUAUAGAAGCAUUACUAUUCGUACAAAUGUGUUAAUGUCCUUAUUAACACGUUUGCCUAACAAAAGUUCUCAAUUACCUUUCUUUUGUUCAUCAGAUUCUCUUCUAUUUUAUCUCGAUGAUUCCACCAGUCGUUCUCAAGUACUAACACUUUACAACCCGUACGAGUUUUCUGUUCGUUACAAAGUUUUAUGCACAGCUCCACGAACAUAUUCUAUUGUCGAACCGCAAGGAGACAUUCAUCCACAACAUUCUGUUGAUAUAAUUGUACGUCUUCUUGAUAUAUCAUCAAACCAAAAUGUUGUUCAAAAAAUUCGUAUACAAUAUUAUGAUCGUCAAAAAUCACAAGAUGCUCUAGGCAAACGAGAUAUCGCUUGCACUAUACUACCCCAUAAACCAUCGGAACAUAAUUUUGAUGAUGAUAGUAAUAAUUCGCCCAGUCGAAUUCGAACAGCAACGAAUAUUUUGCAACAGGAAACACGAGAUCCAAUAGCUCUUGUGGUUUUGAUGAUUCUCAGUGCAAUAUGCGCUGUUAUACUUAUUUUGCCAACACUAGCUGGCAAUGAAAAUAGUACAACAAUGCGUUCACCAUCUUAUUUACACAUGACAACAAAUUCAAAAAUUGUAGCAAGUUACAUUCUUGGUCUUUUAACAGUAAUCUUUAUUCGACGAUGA